CAACACUAGAAAGCACUAGCACAAAAGUUUACUCAGAACAGCUGCUCAUAUCGAAAUGAAGUUCAAAGUUUGGUUCGGUAAUAUCACAUUAAUGAAUAUAAACGCGAACUUGGCAUUUGAAAUAUGUCAGGAGUAUUAUGGCGUCAAAAAGUGCGGCUUCAACAAUGUGAACAUUGAUGAUCUAACCGAAAGCAUAAGUUUUUGCAGAAAUUAUAACAAUUAUUGCCACACCGUUCAAUUCCUCAACUCCAAAACUAUUGAAAUUCCUAUGAAGAUAUUUAGUAUGUAUAGUAAUUUACAGUCCUUGGAUAUAUCGUUCAGUGGCGUUCAAAGCGCCAAUCCGAACACAUUCGAAGAUGCCAAUAAAUUGAUACUGCUGAACAUGUCCACCAAUAGUCUGAAGGAACUUCAAAAUUAUGCUUUCUCUGGCGCCAACAGUUUAAAAAUUUUGGAUUUAGGCAACAACCAGAUUUCAAGUAUCGACGAAAAAACGUUCUUCAACUUGACUAUACUCCAAUCGCUUUUCCUAUCGAAUAACCAGCUAAAGGUUUUGAAGAAGAAUGUGUUUGAUACAUUGGAGACACUGUCGAAACUUGAUUUGCAAAACAAUCAGCUAAUUUCUCUGGAACAGGACUUGUUCAACAGUGUGAAUUUUCUUGAUUAUCUUUGGCUGAAAAAUAACAGCCUAACGAGUCUUGAAUUUACCAAAUUAAACGUGAAUAUGUUGAAUGCAAUGAACAACCAGUUGAAGACAAUACAAGUUAUCACGGGAAUGCAAGAGCUAUACCUCAGUCACAAUAACAUAUAUGGUGGAUGAAUUAUUACUUCCACAACCAACAACU